AUGAUUCGCGAACAAGUCGUCAGCAACACCAUAUCGAGCCCUGGAUCUCCUCCCGGAAUGACCACGUCUAAGAGCUCAAAGUCGUCCUCUUUCCAGUCGCUCAAUAGUGAUGACGGCAGUGUUUUGUCAGAUGUGAGCCAUUUCGAAGACAUUGGCUUAGACGAUGACAGUGCUACCGUCAAAGUCGACGUCCGCCCUGGACCGACCCCAUUGGUGACGCCAGUCGGUCGUAACCUUGCCAGUGUAAAACGACCCCCGGUUCCGGAGCCGCGACGAUCAUUUCCCAAUCUCCAAACCAACGUCUACGCUGCCAACCCUCGAAGCACAAACGUCUCUGGCCUGACAGAUCCACGAUCCCUCUCUCUGAGUAGAGGACAUUCUACAACGUCUUUACCCGCCGCACGAAGAAACCGCAGUGUCAGUCCGAACCUGUCCCUGGAUCCCAGAGACAUCGACCUGUCGUCGAAGCCUCAGCCGCGGGCUCGACGCGGAAGCCGGCUGGUGACUCGUCGCAGGAGCCUGCAAGAGCUAGAGCGCGAGUGCGAUGAAGACGACGGCGAUGACAUACCCGAUGGCAUUGUGCUUGAAAAUGUUCCCAUCUCUCCUCGACCUGUCCAUGAGCGUCCACCAAGUCGAGCUCCCUCAGUUUCACCGUCACCCGAUCGUGCACCCAAGGAACGGGUACGAAACGUUGGUAAUGGAACGCCGGCAGUGGCCCAGGCACAGGGCUGUCUGCGAUCUCCUUCUUGGAAGUCGGACGUAUCGGACAGGCCGCCAUCAAGUCCGCUCAAUCUACGAGCCAACAGCUGGAACUUGGCCCUGGCCGAUUUGAACGCCGAAUCUAAGGCCUUGACUGAAAAGCUAGAGGAACAUGCCGACGAGCUGCAGGCGCGUUUUAGCCACCGCCCGUCAGGAUCUGCCCGCCCAAACACGUGGAAUUCUGGCCACAUGCCCUAUGACCACGUGUACGACAAACGAGCACGAGUGAAGUCGUCGACGCCGGAGUUACCACCGCUGCGGCGGACCAAUAUCAUGGUAGAUCCGCUACCCAUCUCGAAGGAGAAGGAAGCUGUUCUCAGUCGUACCCGACCGUCUUGGUUGCCGCCUAAGGAUCCGGCGGAAGAACGUCGGCAUCUCAAAGAGUAUCAGAAGAUGAUGGCCGCCAGUGCCAAAGCUGAAGAGAGACGCGAGGCUGCUCGACGAACAAGGGCCGAGUCCAGAGACCACACUGCGGAUGAUCUCAUGCACAUUUGGGAGGACGACAUCAUACCACGAUGGAACGACGCCAUACGCGAGAGGCGUACAAGAGAUAUGUGGUGGCGAGGGGUGGCCCCGAGAAGUCGCGGCGUCGUCUGGGCUCGUGCCAUUGGCAACGAGCUUGGUCUGACAGGAACCACCUUUCGAGCUGCUCUGACCCGCGCCCAUGAUUUGGAAGAGAGGGUUCGCAGUGACAGAGCAGAUGCUGAAGAUGCUAGGCGAGUCAAGUGGUUUGAGCAGAUUCGCAGAGAUGCAAAUGACAGGACUUGGAAGAAUCUCAGGAUUUUUGAAAUUACCGGGCCUCUCCACCAGUCAUUAGUGGACGUGCUCAACGCCUACGCCAUGUACAGGAGUGACAUUGGUUACGUGCCUGGAUGUAACACGAUUGCGGCCUUGCUUCUGUUGAAUCUUCCCAAUGCCGAAACUGCGUUUAUCGCGCUCGCGAAUGUUUUGAACCGACCAUUGCCUUUGUCAUUCUACACUGCCGAUGAAACGGCACAGGCCUCCGCUUACAACCUUGUUUUGCAGACGCUUCGUUACAAGUCGGAGCCGCUCUAUGAACACUUGACUGAGACCAUGCGAGAUGUGACUCCUGAACUUUACUUGGGUGGCAUGUUUCUCAGCUUGUUUACGGGUCACCUAGCCAUUGAUGAAGCUGCACGUCUGUGGGAUGUAUAUGUUUUCGAGGGCGAUGGCUUGCUAGUCCGAGCAGCCGUGGCUCUCUUGCUAUUGCGCGAAAUGGCACUUCUCGGAAGUAAGACUCCCGACGAAGUCGUCGUUGUGAUGAACAGGACGAAUUCAAGCCACGGAACUGCACGGGCCGUGGGUGAAGUCGGGGCUGAAGAUCGGUUCAUGACGACCGUUCGGGAUGCUGGGAAAGUCUGA